AUGGGAAGUCGAUUGCACUUCAGGUAUUAUUCUUAUCACUAUGCUCCAUUUACUUCUUACUUUUCAAAUGUUGAAAAUGUAUCCGUGCAAUACAAUACAAAUUCAAAACCAUUGAAAUCGUUAGAACAUUUGAUAGCUAUAUUUCCACCACAUUAUGCGAAUUAUCCUCCAAGAAAGUGGCAACAAUUGAUGGUGGAUAAAAAUUCACCAAUUAGUGAAUUUUAUCCAAUCAAUUUUGAUAUUGAUCUUAACGGUAAACGACAAGAAUGGCAAGGCAUUAUUUUACUACCAUUCGUUGAUGAAAAGCGUUUACAUGAGGCUCUUGAAUCUGUGUAUCUAACAUUAACUCCAGACGAAGAAAAACGUAAUAAAUCUGAUUAUGAUCAUUUACUUAUUCAUUCAACACAUUCAUGUUAUGAACAAGUGUUGAAUGAAUAA